CUGUCAGAGAAUGUCUAUGUGUUUUUGGAAACAUGGCGUCGUACAGUAGUCUCACGGCUUUAAUUCCAGCCCAGAGUCAGUUGGACUACGCCCUGGAAGACGCAACUACAGAUGAAGAGAAGGAAAGCCUUGUUUAUCAAUAUCUGAACAAGUUGGAUGAUAAGGAUGACUUCAAAAUCCCUGAUUUUGAACCUGGUUUAGAAUGGUUGAACACGGAGGGACCACUGUCUUUAGCCAAGGAGCUGGCUGGGAAAGUUGUGGUGCUCGACUUCUUCACCUACUGCUGUAUCAACUGCAUGCAUAUCCUACCCGACCUUCAUAAACUGGAGCAAAAACACUCAGUUAAAGAUGGGUUGGUGGUGGUGGGCGUCCACUCGGCCAAGUUCCCCAACGAGCGCGUGCUGGCCGCCGUGCGCGCCGCCGUCCUCCGCUACGACAUCAGCCACCCGGUGGUCAACGACGGUGAGGCGCGCCUCUGGCACGAGCUGGAGGUGGCCUGCUGGCCCUCGCUGGUGCUGCUGGGCCCGCGGGGGAACCUGCUCUUCUCGCUGGUGGGCGAGGGCCACGGCCCGCGGCUGGAGCUCUUCGCCCGUGCCGCCCUCAAGCACUACGGCGCCCAGGGCCUCAUCAAGGACCACGCCGUGGGGAUCAGGCUGUACCGGGACUCCCUACCCACCACGGUGCUCUCAUUUCCGGGCAAGGUGGCCGUGGACGAGACUAGCAAGAGGCUGGUCAUCGCGGACACCGGGCACCACAGAGUCCUGGUCGUAGCCAGCACGGGACAGGUGCUCUGCCAGGUGGGAGGUCCUGUGAGCGGGUGGAAAGAUGGCGGCCUGUCCGAGGCGCUUUUCAGCUCCCCACAGGGCGUGGCCAUCAGAGGAGACAUGGUGUACGUGGCUGAUACGGAGAACCACCUGAUCAGAAAGAUUGACCUAUCAGAGGGCAAGGUCACCACGCUAGCUGGCACGGGAGUGCAGGGAACUGACAAAGAGGGUGGAGCCAUGGGACCACAACAGCCAAUCAGCUCACCCUGGGAUGUAGCCCUGGGAACUGCAGGAGGACAUCAGGAUGGUGUGCUGUGGAUCGCCAUGGCUGGGACUCACCAGAUCUGGGCACUGUUCCUAGAGGACGGCAAACUGCCCAAAGGAAGUGACUCCAAGAAGGGCACCUGCAUCCGCUUCGCCGGUAGUGGCAAUGAGGAGAACCGCAACAACUCCUACCCGCACAAGGCCAGCUUCGCCCAGCCGUCGGGCCUGGCGCCGGCCCCCGCCGAGCCCUGGGGCUGCCUGUUCAUCGCCGACAGUGAGAGCAGCACGGUGCGCAGCCUGGCCCUCAAGGACGGAGCGGUCAAGCUUGUGGUGGGCGGAGAGAGGGACCCUAUGAAUCUCUUUGCAUUCGGCGACGCAGACGGCAAAGGAGUGGACGCCAAGCUCCAGCAUCCCCUGGGAGUGGCAUGGAACGCUGGCGCCAACCUCCUGUACGUGGCCGACUCGUACAACCACAAGAUAAAGGUGUUGGACCCAAAGAGCAAGCAGUGCCGAACGCUUGCAGGUACCGGCGAGUCCAGCGACACCUUGGGACCCGGGUUCGCCGAGUCCACCUUCAACGAGCCGGGGGGACUGUGUGUCGGGGACGGCGGCAAGCUGCUGUACGUGGCCGACACCAACAACCACCAGAUCAAGGUGCUGGACCUGCAGACCCAGACCGUGUCAGUGUUGCCUAUUUUGUCUGGGGACGUGCCGGAUGCCGCAAGCAGCAGCACCACCACCACCGCUGUCGCCCCUCCCAGGAAGACCCCCAAGCUGCCCAAGUCGGCGCCCGUGCAGGAGAUGCACCCGCUGGCUGUGGCCCCUGGCCAGACCAUCAGCAUGGAGCUCAGCCUGGCACUGCCCGAGGGCACCAAACUGACCGAAGAGGCCCCCAGCUUCUGGAGCCUGUCUGCUGAAGGUAACGAUUGGCUACUUCAGUCGCAGGCCGUCACCGGCGACAUCUCCGACCUCUCCCGGCCCCUCUCUGUGCGCGUUGACGUUCCGGUCGCCGUGCCGACGACCUCCGGCCCCGACCCCACCCUGACCCUGACCGCCUGGGUGUACUGCUGCCUUAGCGAGGGCGGCGCCUGCAUGAUGAAGCCGGUGGCCUUCCGCGUGCCCCUGCGCCUGGACUCCGCCCCUCAGCAGGGUUCCGUGCCCGUCACGCUGGCCCACGCCUUCCAGAAGUAGCUUUCGCCCCGGAAGCCGCUUUAAAAAAAAAAAAAACAAACAAGGAACAAACAACAAAACAAAGGAGAAUGCAUGUUUACCCCGGUUACCACUGUAGUCAAAUCAAGCCCCAAGUGGGUGGGUACAGUGUGUUCGGGGCUAAAUGGAAAGUUCUGGAUUGUGCUAUUUAUAAAAGCCUUAGCCUCUGACUGACAGAUGCUCUCAAAUGCCCACACAAACAAAAACAGCCUCUUAGGACAGCAGAGCAUAUGCACUGCACCCCUGGGUAGAACAGCUGAUUUGGGAUCAGUUUUUUUUUUUUUUAUGCAGGAUUAGAAUAAAGGAUGAGAUGACCUGAUCCUUAACAGAACUUUUACUCAGUGGUGCAAAAAUCAAAUCAAAAGGAUGAUUCUUCACUCUCUCCCUAGCAAACCUCAUCCUCCGAUCAAAUUAUUUCCAAUCAAGUUGUACUUUCAUUACUGCCUAGCCAGUCACUGACAGCUUGUCAUAUAACAUAAACAACCAACAAAUAAAUAACGAUUAACCAUGUGGGGGCUUGGAAGCACAUGUCGAGAUGGGAGGGAGUGUGUCCACCAAGACUGUGUUAAGUGUUUGGUGCUUUAAAACCAGGACCAGAAAACACUGGACUCUGUGCAUAUUUGCCAUACAAUAGGGCAGUUUGUCCUCCUCUGUUUCUCAGAAGAACCCUGAAGUUGCUUCAGGCCACCAAAGGGUGUUACAAAUGACAGAGACCAAUCGCUUAAACUGUUCCCCCUGAGGAGAGGGCCUCUGUUUACUCUCCCAGUUCCUCGGUCUCGAGGAGAGGCCGUAAAAGGUUAAUGUGCAUUUCUCUAAUGGCAUUUGGGUUGACUUGGAGGUCCUCACGCUAAGUGACCAAGCACUCACAUCAGCAAUAUUAGUGCGAGUUGACCAUCACCCAGCAUCUCAUCAACCAAUAUCCGUGAGUGAGUGAGGAGGGGAGGAAAGGAGGAGAGAAAGGAGUUGUGCAGCUAUAUGAAUAAGUUACUUUUAGGCUAGUCUACACCAGUGUACCACGAGCAUUAUUUGUCUGUAUUUAUGGAUUUGAGUGUAUUUUAAAUAUGUUUGUGUCUUAUGGUCCAGUAACACUGUACCGAAUAAUAUUGUAUGUGCAUAUUAUAUGGACAUGUCUAACAGGAAGUCUGUAAGCCUGGAGGGGCCUGUACUAUAUAACCAAAUGGCUUGGAAGGGGAAAGUUUCACCAAAGUGUUAGACUAUUAAAACAGCCGGUCAUCCCACACCAACAGCCUGGCGUCCUUGUAGCCAAAAUCCGCUAGCGGGUUGUUUUCAGUGAGUGGAGUAGCACUAGUACUCACACACACACACAC